AUUAUUUAUAUUUUUUUAUUUUUUUAAAAAAAUAAUAAAGAAAACAAAAACACUCAAUCGGGAAAUGCCAAAUCUGGCCCACUCUGCCGAACCGAUGCCAUUACCUGUCCUCUUCUCCUUCAAUACGGAAUGAUUCACAUCCUUCUCCGACCAACAAUCACGGCCAGAAAAUUAAACCAUCGUCGCCGAUGGAAGCUUCUAACUUUAUGCACAACAAAUGGACUGCAACCGUCCUCGGAAUUUGGAUUCAAUGCAUCUGUGGCGCUUCCUACACCUUCAGCAUCUAUUCUUCCGCUCUCAAGUCCACCCAGUCCUACGAUCAAUCCACCCUCGACACCGUUUCCGUUUUCAAAGACAUCGGCGCCAACGCCGGCAUAAUUUCCGGCUUUCUUUACUCCGCCGUCACUCCCCUUAACCCCCGUCGUGCCUUUGCCGGACCAUGGAUGGUCCACGCUGCGGGUGCGAUUCAGUGGUUCCUUGGAUAUAUUUUCAUCUGGGCCGCUGUUUCUGGAGUGAUCGAUCGACCACCGGUGCCGGCGAUGUGCUUCUUUAUGUUUCUGGCUGCACAUGCGCAAACGUUUUUUAAUACGGCGAAUGUGGUGACUGGUGUGCAUAAUUUUGCGAAUUAUAGUGGGACGAUUGUGGGCAUCAUGAAGGGAUAUCUUGGUCUCAGUGGAGCAUUGCUAAUCCAAGUAUAUAAUACGACUUGCAAUGCAGAUCCAAGCAAUUUUCUCCUCAUGCUGGCGGUUUUGCCCACAGUUCUUUCCAUCAUGUUCAUGUGGUUUGUUAGAAUUGACAAAACAGAGUCAAAAAACGAGAUGAAACAUUUGAACUCAUUGUCUGCACUUGCUGUGAUAGUUGCUUUUUACCUCAUGGUUGUCAUCAUCUUGAACAACGCUUUCUCCCUCUCCUCAUGGACUCGUUACUUCACAUUCUCCAUACUCUUGAUUCUCCUUGCUGCUCCGCUUGGAAUUGCCAUUAAUGCUCAGAAGGAGGACUUUAGAGGGUCACCUCCAUCGUUAAUCACUGAAGAAAGUCACGUCGUUAACAAACCCGAGCCUAUAGAUGCAGAGGAUUCUGUUGAAUAUCAUGAGUUGCCCAGGGAAGAGGACCAGAUAAUGGUUGUUUCCAACUCUAGAGCCCCUCAACCCAUGAAUGUCUUGGAAGCUAUACGAACUAUAAAUUUCUGGUUGUUGUUUCUAGCCAUGGUGUGUGGAAUGGGUUCUGGAUUAGCCACAAUAAACAACAUGAGCCAACUUGGUCAGUCUCUUGGUUACACAGCAACAGAAACGAAGACAUUUGUUUCCUUAUGGAGUAUAUGGAACUUUCUUGGACGUUUUGGAGCUGGUUACACCUCAGAUUUUCUUUUCCACACAUACGGUUGGGCAAGGCCAUUGUUAAUGGCAAUUACUCUACUUAUAAUGAGCGGAGGCCACAUCGUGAUCGCAUCAGGUUUCUCUGGGAAUCUGUACGUGGGUUCAAUUCUUGUUGGCAUAUGCUACGGCUCACAAUGGUCUUUGAUGCCUACAAUCACUUCAGAGAUAUUUGGGUUAGAGCAUAUGGGUACUAUUUUCAACACCAUAGCCAUAGCCAGCCCUUUGGGAUCUUACAUUUUUUCUGUUCGAGUUAUCGGUUACAUUUACGACCGAGAAGCUGCCGGAGAACAUGGCGCCUGCUCUGGCACACACUGUUUUGUGGUAUCGUUUCUUGUUAUGGCCAUCGUGGCUUUCUUGGGAUUUCUUGUUGCUGCUGCACUCUUCUUUCGAACCCGGAGAUUUUAUCGACUGGCUCUGCAAAGAAGAGUGGAAUGUCUUAGUUAAAGGUGUAAGAGAGAAUUAGGAUAAGUAUGAUGAUUGCUUUUAUAAAAUCAUGGAAGGAUUUUGAUCAGUGUAAAGAAAUUUGUUGUCUUGCUUUGUCGAAGUUUUAUACUCUUAAACACCAUAUCAGAGUGAGAUGGAGUUAUAUUUGUAAACUUUGUAUUGUAUCAUAGCUGAUCGAGAGAACGUAUCAUUUUUGGCACAAAUGUUUCAUUUUUUUGUUAAUAAAAACUAUGUUGGAUA